UCAAUCAAAAUGAUUCUAAAAACCAUAAAAUUAUACUUUUCGUUUUUAUUAAUUUGUUUUAAUGCGGAAUUUUUAAGCGCUGAAGAACAAUGUGAAAGAGGGCUUAUUUCUGAUUGCGUCGUUUUUGGUAACAUCCACGUCAAAACUUUCGAUGGAAACGUUUACGAUUUUAAUUCAAGCUGCACUUAUAAUUUAGUAUCAAUCAAAGCUAAAAAUUUAGAUGUUAAUUUAUUAAGAAAUCCUACACGGUUACAAGUUAAAUAUGCAUCACGCGAUUUCCAGUUAAUCAUAACAGAUACUUCGAUUACGUUUACAAGAGAUGGAAUUCCUUACAGUAUUCCUCAAACUUUAAACGGAUUAUCGGUUUCAAAACCUGGGCGAAUGGUUAUUCUUGAAAUUAAAUCGAUUGGAAUGAAAAUUAAAUUCGAUGGAACGACCGUUGAAAUAGUACAAAAUAACGAUGAUUUCGAUCACAUCAUGGUGGGUUUGUGUUCAAAUAAUGAUGGAUGCGCCGAUAACGAUUUGAUAACUUCCGAUGGGAGUUUAACCGAAUCAGAAAUUAUUUUUGCAAAUAGUUGGACUUUAGAACCAUGUUCAACUGGAUCCUUUGAAAACGCUUGCGGCGACAACGAUCGUUUGAACGCCCAGGCUUUAAAUUAUUGUAAAAAUAUCACUUCGUUGGCUCAAUUUUCAAACUGCCAAGAAUACUCAAAAGAUUUCUUAAAUAUCUGCAUCUCAGAAUAUUGUAGUUGCAAACUUGUUAAUCGAUGGGAGUGUAUGUGCGAAAUGUUGGAUGUUUUCGUUAAAACUUGCAAUGUUAAUACAAAUUCAAUCACCGAGUGGAGAGAACCGAAAUUAUGCCCAAUAAUUUGUUCAAACCCGGAUCAACAUUUCUUAUCUUGCGCUCCAGAUGGAAAACAGUUAUCUUGUGGAGAAGAAUUUGUCGAAACUCCCUCAAUAAACGAUUGCGAAGAAGGUUGUUAUUGCCCAUCGGGAAUGAGACUUUUCCAAGGGAAAUGUCUUUUCGAAGAUGAAUGUCCUUGUUUUUACGAGGAUAACUGGUACGAACAAGGAUCAUCUGUUGCUUUAGAGUGUAACACUUGCAUUUGUAAAAAAGGAAAAUGGGCGUGUACUGAUUAUAUUUGCGUCACCGAUGGAGGAUGUUGGGGGGAUCCCCAUUAUACCACUUUUGAUGGGAAAAAAUACGAUUUUAUGGGGAAAUGUACUUAUUAUGUCGUAAGAGGAAUCGGAUUUGAUAUUAUGUGCGAUCAUUUCGUGUACAAAUCAAAAGCUUUUGUUAAAGAUUUUGAGUCUUCUUUACCGUCAUAUUGCGCCAGGGUCAUCGUUAAAGUUCAAAACGAUGUUAUCGAAUUGGAACAGAAACACGUUGUUAAAGUUAAUAACGAGCAAAUUAGUUGGCUUCCCCACAGAGUUUCCGGUAUUGAAAUUACCAAUCCAAGCAGUCAAUUUACACAAGUUAACUUAAGGAAUUACGUUAGUGUUUCAUGGAAUGGUGACAGCAGAAUCACAGUUAGUAUUCCAACAUCGAUGAAGGGUCGUAUUAAUGGUCUUUUUGGAACAUACAAUGCAGAUCCAACAGAUGAUUUCACCCUCCCCAAUGGAACUAUUGUCACCGAUUCAAACCUCUUCGGCCACUCUUGGGUUGUCCCAGGAAGUUGUGCCUCUGAAAAUGUGAAUACUGAUCCCGUACCACACCCUUGCGAUGCAAACCCUGACAAAAAACCUUGGGCAGAAGCAAAUUGUGCUAUUUUAAAAACAUCAUUAUUUGAAGGUUGUUCCGAUGAUGUUGAUUCCGCUUACGAAGAAUGUAUUUACGAUGGUUGUUUAUGCACCGAAAUAAGUUGUCUCUGUGAUUUUUACGCCCAACAAGGCGAGAUGUGCGCUGCUAAAGGAAUUUUGAUCGAUUGGCGUCAAGAAAUCUCCGAAUGCGCCAUUCAAUGCCCAGCUGGACAACAAUAUCAAAUUUGUGGUGAUUCUUGUACAAGGAGUUGUAACGAUAUUUCAGCAAAUCCAACUUGUUCAACUCGAUGUGUCGAUGGAUGUAAUUGCCCACCAGGGCAAACUUUGGACAAUAAUGAUCAAUGCAUCCCAAUCGGUGAAUGUCCGUGUGUUUUGGAUAAUAUUAGGUAUCCAGCUGAGUUUAUUUUUAUUGAUACCAACGAUAAAAGCAAACACGUUUGUGAAAAUGCUUUAUGGACAAUCACUCCAGCUACUGAUGAAGAACUUGGGGAGUUCCCAAACAUUGAGGAUUUAGAAAAUCAAUGUAAUCGCAACGAUUUUUUUGUAUUUUCUGGUUGUAAACGAACUAACGAAGAAACUUGUUUGAACAAACAUUUAAAUGAACGCCCAAACUUUGAUGAUUGCCAAUCUGGUUGUGAAUGCAUGGAAGGAUUCGUCAUGGACACCGAAUUAAAUAUGUGCGUAAGACCGGAAGAUUGCCCAUGUAUGUAUCAAGGUAUUAGUUAUCCAGACGAUGCAAUCAUUAACAAUAGAGAUGAAAGAUGCGUUUGUGUUUAUGGUUUUUGGGAAUGUUCUCCUCAAACGGAUCAUUGGGAAAAAUGCAGCAUUUGGGGAAACGUCCAUGUCAGAACUUUCGACGAAACUCUUUACACUUUCAACGGAUUUUGCGAAUACAUUUUAUUCGAGCACGUUUUCGACGAAACCGGAGUUAUUAGAGUUACCGUUGAGACUGGAAAAUGCCCGGCUGGUUCUUGCAUCCAACGUCUCGAAAUUUUGUAUCGAUCUAAUUCUGGCCAAACUGAAAAUUUAAUUUUCCUUAAUGAAAACGAAGUUUUCUCACCAACCUCAUUAACCACAUUAAACGUAACCGAUUUAGGACAAUCAACGAUUAUUGAUGUCCUAAAUUUUGAUGUUAGGGUGGUUUGGAAUAGAGAUGGAUGGGUUCAUCUUCAUGUUUCUCAAGAUUGGAUUGCGAAAGAUCAUGCUGGGUUAUGUGGAAAAUACGAUAAUGAUGCAACCAAUGAUUUGGAUAUUCUCCAAAUCAAAGCAACGCAAGUUUCUUCUUUCGUUGAUUAUAACCGGGGUGAUAGAACUUGUGCAAAAUCAACAGAAUUAAAUACUGUUAAUGCAAUGUUCCCAGAAGAUCCUUGCAACAUUCUUUACACAAACAUUUUUAGAGAAUGCAGAUUCUUAAAACCAGUUGAUGAUUACUUUAAUAGAUGCAUAAUCGACGCUAAAACACAAUUAAAUUUACCUGAAUUGGAAAGAACUAAUUAUUACUGCCAAACUAUCGGUGCUUAUGCCCAAGAAUGUAACGAUGUUGGAGCUGUGGUAAAUUGGAGAAGUGAUUCAAUUUGUCCUAAUUCUUGCCCAUUAGAUAAAGAUUAUUAUCCAUGUAAGAGUGUGUGCACCGAAAAUGAUUGUGAUCAAGAUGGAAUGUGCUUUGAAGGUUGUGGAAAAAUAAGAUGUGUUGAUGAAUAAGGUUGUUACAGAAAUAUGUGCAAAUUGUCAGAAUUAUGUUAAUAAAUCUUCAAUAAAACCAUUUUAAAACAAA